UGACAUCUCCUCUCAUUUCAUCAACCCACUCUGUUUUCAUUUCUUCUUCUUCUUCUUCGUCGACUGUAAUCUCCUAAACCUUCUUCGCUUUUUGUAGAAUCCGAUCUAUUAAUUGCUGUAGCCAAAGCCUUUUUUCUUACUGUUAAUCUGAUCUUUGUGGUGUGUUUCAUAGAGCAGACAGGUGAAAAUCCACUGAUCGUUUCGAGAGACCAAUCAUGUUCGCCCUUUCCAAAGUUUUACGGAGAUCCCAGAGACUCCGACUUGGUGCUUGUACUACUGCUGUUUAUUCAAAUGAGAUUCAAUCCGGAGAAAGAAGCUUAUUCACUCUUCAAUCCCACUCCAUUCUUCAUGAUCAACAACUUGAACCCCUUCCAAGAGUUUACAACAUGUCUUCUUCUAUGGGUAACCGUCUUCUCUCCUCGAGUGCCGGCACUAAAAGUGAUCAAGAGGAAGAUGACGACCUCGAAGACGGUUUCUCCGAACUUGAAAACUCUAAGUCAGGCCAAGAGUCUAGUACCAGUAGCAGUAGUAGUGAUGAUAGUGACGUCGAUGAGGGAAAGCUCUCCGCUGCUGAUGACGAAGAUGAAGAAGAAGAGCUGGAGCUAGACCUCGCUGAAACCGAUGAUAGUAAAAAGACUUUAGAAAAGAAGCAAUCCGAGCUUUUCAAGGCCAUUGUCUCUGCAGGAGGUCUCUCUGUAGGCAGUGCACUUGAUAAAUGGGUGGAAGAAGAAGGAAAUGAGAUCACCCGAACCGAGGUUGCUAAGGCCAUGCUCCAGCUCCGUAGGCGUCGCAUGUACGGAAGAGCCUUACAGAUGUCAGAGUGGUUGGAGGCAAAUAAGAAGAUCGAAAUGAACGAGAGAGACUACGCUUCUCGCUUAGAUCUCAUUGUCAAAACGCGUGGCUUGGAGAAGGGAGAAGCUUACGUGGACAAGAUUCCCAAAUCCUUCAGAGGGGAAGUGAUGUACCGCACCCUUCUGGCGAACUGUGUGGUUGCUUGCAAUGUCAAGAAGUCUGAGCUUGUCUUCAACAGAAUGAAGGACUUGGGGUUCCCUCGCUCUGGCUUCACCUGUGAUCAGAUGCUUCUCCUCUACAAGAGAGUUGACAGGAAGAAGAUCGCAGACGUGCUUCUCCUCAUGGAGAAAGAGAACGUCAAGCCGAGUCUCCUCACUUACAAGAUCUUGAUUGACGUCAAAGGGUCGUCUAACGACAUAAAGGGGAUGGAGCAGGUUGUGGAGACGAUGAAGGACGAAGGCGUUGAGCCUGACUUCAACACGCAAGCUAUCAUCGCUAGGCACUACUCGGUAGCUGGGCUUAAGGAGAAGGCCGAGAGUGUUUUGAAAGAGAUGGAAGGGGAAAGCUUAGAGGCGAACCGGAGAGCGUUCAAAGAUUUGCUAUCCAUCUACGCCUCUCUCGGGAGGGAAGACGAGGUGAGGAGAGUGUGGAAGAUCUGUGAACCGAAGCCUCGCUUCGAGGAGUCCCUUUCUGCGAUCCAGGCUUUUGGGAAGCUUGAUAAGGUGCAAGAGGCGGAGGAGGUUUUCGAGAAGGUUAUCAAGAUGGACAGGAGGGUUUCUUCAAACACUUUCUCUGUUCUCCUGAGGGUGUACGUGGAUCACAAGAUGCUCUCGAAGGGGAAAGAUCUGGUUAAGCGAAUGGCGGAGAGCGGUUGCAGGAUCGAGGCGUCGACAUGGGAUGCACUCAUCAGGCUGUACGUGGAAGCAGGGGAAGUCGAGAAGGCUGAUUCUUUGCUGAGCAAGGCGUCGAAACAGAGCCAUACGAAGCUGAUGAUGAGCUCGUUCAUGUACAUCAUGGACGAGUACGCGAAACGGGGAGAUGUUCAUAACACUGAGAAGAUAUUCCAGAAGAUGAGGGAGGUUGGGUAUACAUCUCGGCUUAGGCAGUUCCAGGCACUCAUGCAGGGUUACUUGAACGCUAAAGCUCCUGCGUAUGGGAUGAGAGAUAGAAUGAAGGCUGAUAAUAUCUUUCCGAACAAAGCUAUGGCUGCACAGUUGGCUCAAGGUGAUCCGUUUAAGAAGACAGCUAUCUCUGAUAUUCUGGAUUGAGUCAGAGUCUUUCCUCCUACUCCUUUGUUCUUUCUGCUUUGUUCCCCCUUGUCUUUCUAACGUUUAGUUUGAGGCUUUGCUUAGGUACUGUAUUUUUUUAAUGUUUCUGUUUGGGUUAUUUGGUGGUUGAUUCA